UAGCUUCUAAACCAGUUUCUUAAUGAUUUCUUGAUCUUCUUCCUUUUUGACAAUGGGAGUCUGCACUUCGAAGCCUUCAAAGCCAAACCCAUUUGCACCAAGAGAGGACCAACAGAAUGACCAUCCUGCCCCUACCCAAUUACCCAAAUCCCCUCCUCCUCCCUUUCUCCCUCCGACCACCCCUUUCCUCCCUGUGUACACCCCAAGCCCCGCCCACCAACGGAAACCCAAGACCCCUUCGACUCCUCUCCGGCUCUUCCGGCGACCUUUUCCUCCUCUUUCUCCCGCCAAUCACAUUCGGGCAGUGCUGAGGCGGAGGAAGCCUAACAAGGAAGCGCAAAAUGAGGCCAGAAUUGUGGAAGGAGAGGAGGAGGAAGAAGAAGGAGUUGAGUUGGAUAAAAGAUUUGGGUUUUCGAAGGAGCUGAGGAGUAAGUUGGACAUAGGAGAGGAAGUUGGUAGAGGGCAUUUUGGGUAUACUUGUUCUGCUAAGUUCAAGAAAGGAGAGUUCAAAGGCCAGCAGGUUGCUGUUAAAGUCAUUCCCAAAUCGAAGAUGACAACAGCUAUUGCAGUUGAGGAUGUAAGAAGGGAGGUGAAGAUACUGAAAGCCUUGACUGGACAUAACAAUUUAGUCAAGUUCUAUGAUGCGUUUGAAGAUCAUGAUAAUGUCUACAUAGCAAUGGAGUUUUGUGAAGGAGGUGAGCUUUUGGAUAAAAUACUUGCAAGGGGUGGAAAAUACUCAGAAGACGAUGCCAAGACUGUAAUGGUACAGAUACUAAAUGUUGUUGCUUUUUGCCAUCUUCAGGGUGUGGUGCAUCGAGAUCUUAAGCCAGAGAACUUUCUGUAUGCUUCUAAGGAGGAUAAUUCUCAGCUCAAGGCCAUAGACUUCGGGUUAUCGGAUUUUGUCAGACCAGAUGAAAGGCUUAAUGACAUCGUGGGAAGUGCAUACUAUGUGGCCCCCGAAGUUCUUCAUAGAUCUUAUGGUACAGAAGCUGAUGUUUGGAGCAUAGGUGUGAUAGCAUAUAUUCUUUUAUGUGGUAGUCGUCCAUUUUGGGCAAGGACUGAGUCUGGAAUUUUUCGAGCGGUCCUAAAAGCUGAUCCGAAUUUUAUUGAAGCACCUUGGCCUUCCUUGUCUUCUGAAGCUAAGGACUUUGUUAAGCACCUUUUGAAUAAGGACCCUAGGAAAAGAAUGACAGCAGCUCAGGCCCUAUGUCAUCCUUGGAUCCAGAAUCAUAAUGAUGUUAAGGUCCCUCUCGAUAUUCUAGUAUUUAGGCUUAUGAAGGUAUAUAUGCGAUCGUCAACUUUGCGGAAGGCUGCUUUAAAGGCAUUGUCUAAGACAUUGACUGCUGAUGAACUCUUUUACAUGAGAGCACAAUUUGCAUUAUUCGAGCCCAAAAAUGGUAGCAUAACCUUGGAGAACAUUAAGACGGCCUUGAUGAAAAACGCUACAGAUGCAAUGAAGGAUUCUCACAUUCCAGAUUUUCUUUUCGCACUUAAUGCACUUCAAUACAGAAGAAUGGGUUUUGAAGAAUUUUGUGCAGCUGCAUUAAGUGUUCAUCAGCUCGAGGCACUUGAUCGUUGGGAACAACACGCCCGGUGUGCAUACGAGCUUUUUGAGAAAGAAGGAAACAGGGCUAUCGUAAUCGAGGAACUUGCUUCUGAACUUGGUCUUGGACCCUCCAUUCCAGUUCAUGCUGUUCUUAAUGAUUGGAUAAGGCAUACAGAUGGGAAAUUAAGUUUCCUCGGGUUUGUGAAGUUGUUGCGUGGUCCGUCAAGUCGAGCCCUCUCGAAGGCACAAUAAGGUCGGUGGUAGGCGAUAUCGACGACUCUAGUCACUAACAAAGUUGUGUCAGUCGAAUAUUCGAAUGCAGUUGAAUGAGAUGUAAAACCGAUGCAGUGUAAAACCGGAUAUCGGUCUCUCUUUUAGGGUUGGGAGACGGGGAAAGUAUGCUUCCUUUCUACAGCAAGGCCUGAGAUUACGAGGCUUCAAUUUUAUGCCAAUUCUUUGAGUUUGAAAGUUAUUGAUAUCACUAUGUAGAAUAUAAUGU